GGCUGCCUGUUGUACCGGGAUAUGAGUAACGACCACAGUACGUCGGCCAUCAAGAUCAACCCAGAGACUCUGGAGCACGAGGGCACCAUCACCAUGCCAGGUACAUGAUAACACAAAGUAGCACCUCCUUCUCCCCCAUAGUGUGUGUUAUAAUAAACAAUGCAUGGAUUUUUUCAUGUACCCGUUUGUAAGCUAGUGUGUGAGUUUUUAUUUUUGUAAUCAUCCGUUUACUUACUGUUGUCUUGAACCAAUCAACCUGGCCUGUUUGAAAAUGUAUAUUAUAUUUUUUAGAUGAACUUGGACACAUUAAAUAAUAAUAAUUAAUGCUCAUAAAAACCGUUCGCCCGGUGAUCAUUGACAACAGACCAAACCCUUUAGCCAGUCAUGUCAUUAAUAUACGCUUGCAACUACAAUGUUUUCAAUAUUCAUAAUAUUUCGAUGUAAUCAUAACUAAUGGAUUCCGCCUCCAGAAAUUCAUCAAUGAAUCCUGAUUAAACUAGGAAAGGAUUGAAACAGGACCAAUUGGACAAAUGACCACAGGACAAGGAUGGCUACAUAACUUUAUUGAUUCAAUGUGCAGACAACACUUACACACUUCCUCAGGAUAUUGAGAAAAACUAGAUCUCUGUCUAGCUAGCCCUGUUUUUUGUUUUACAGUAUGCUAUGUUAACAUUCAUUUCAAAAAUAUAAAUGAAAUGUACAAUAUCAAGGACGGGACACUUGCAUUUAAUAGAAAAUAAUAAGGUUAUAUUAACUUAAACAGAGGUCAAUGCACAAUGUUUCGGCUGAAUUCCUUUGUCAAGAGCAUGACAAAUUAAUCUCCCUAUUUGGAUGUUAUAAAUGCACUCAUCUUUUGAACUCUGUCCUCUUCAUAGGUCUACAGGCAGACGGCCAGAGCAUAGUCUUCACCGACGGAGAGUACAUCAACCAAAUCGCUGCCUGCAAAGACGUGAGUCUCAUUCACACAUACAUACACACUCACACUCACAUUAAUCUGCUGCAAGGGCGCUAA